UCGAAAUGCGGAAGUUGGAUCGUGAGCUUCAGAAGCUGUUGCUGCUCCUUUUCUCUCUUAAUGCAGAUUGAAUUUCACCCCAGAUCGUAACUUCCUUCCACUGUCCAACAUUUGAAGACAUGCAGAAAGAAAUCUGAAAGCAAAUGAUACAUCAACUUCUGACAGAGCCACUUGAAUAUCAGCAACUGUUCAAAUGAAGAAGACAUGUUUACUUUUGUCUGCGUGAGAUAUUUUAGAUACUGGUGUGGUAGAGAGAAUAUUGAGACACCCGCAUAGGGAGAUUCAGUGCACUGACUGUGAAAAGUGCUUCAAACCAUUUAGGGAUCAAAAUCUCUACCUCAUGGUGGGGAGAGACUUUUAAUUUUAAAGCCAGAGUGACACAAGGAAAGCUCCCCCCAUGGAGAAACCGUGGAAAUGUGAGGAUUGUGGGAAAGGAUUCGCUUCCCCAUCGGCACUGGAAACCCACAGACGCAUUCACACCGGGGAGAGGCCGUUCUCCUGCUCAAUGUGCGGGAAGAGGUUCAGUUGGCUGUGCAACCUGCAGACGCAUCAGCGAGUUCACACAGGGGAGAGGCCUUUCAUCUGCUGCCAUUGUGGGAAAGGAUUCACUCAGUCGUCCCGGCUGCAGACGCACCAGCGGGUUCACACCGGGGAGAGGCCGUUCUCCUGCUCUCAGUGUGGGCAACGAUUCAUUGAUGCAUCCCAUCUCCUGAAACACCAGCGGGUCCACAUGGGGGAGAGGCCAUUCACCUGCUCUGAGUGUGGAAAGGGAUUCGUCGAUUCUUACACUCUGCUGACGCACCGGCGGGUCCACACUGGGGAGAGGCCGUUCACCUGCCCCAAGUGCGGGAAGAGCUUCAGUCAUGUGGGCAACUUGCGAAGGCACCAACGGAUCCAUACCGGGGAGAGGCCGUUUACGUGUUCCAUGUGCGGGAAGGGGUUUGCUCAGUCAUCUACAUUGCUGAUCCAUCAAAGGGUCCACACCGGGGAGAGGCCAUUCAUCUGCUCUCAGUGUGGAAAGGGCUUCACCCGCUCCUCCCACCUGCGGAGCCACCAGCGAGUUCAUGUGCCAUCGCAGGGGGAUUGAAGGAGCAAUGGCCAAUUGCCAUUAUCGAUUGGACUAUCAACUCAGCUCUGGGGAUUCCCGGGUUUGAAUCCUGCCACAGCAGACAGGUGAAUUGAAAUUUGGAGUUCAGAAUCUGAUGCUGAAACCAUUUUCGGGGAGGAAAAUCUCCCAUCUGAUUCACUCAUGUCCUUUUUAGGGAAGGAAACUGUUGUUGCGGGAAAGGAUUCACUCAGUCAUCCCAGCUGCAUCCUUUGCUAAGUCUGGCCUACAGGUGACCCCAGACCCACAGUAGUUUGGUUGAGUCUUGACCCCCCCCUCAUGCAAAAUGGAGACAACUCAGUGCUGACCAACAGUAAAGGAAGUGGAGUUGGAAGGAUUGUGUGCGCUUUGACCUUGAGUUGUUUAAGAAAACAAAAGCUACUUUUUAUACACCUUUUUUGCUGGGGAGAUCUGAAGCUGUAGCAUUGGUUUGCAAUAAAGGUUACCUGAACUUA